AUAAGUUUCUUCAAAACAAACUUACAUUGUACAUGCUGAGUUGGAAUUCAGACAGUGGCAUCUGUUUGAAUCAAAUCCUAGGCUUCAUGGGGAAAGCAGUGAUGCUACUCUCCCUUUUUGGGAUUGUUGUGGCUUUGGCUACUGCGCAACCAAAAAAGGAUGACUGGGAUAUAUACAGAUUUCAUAUCUCCUCCAAUGUGACCAGUCGUUAUGCUACCACUGUUAUAACAAGCCGUGUUAUAAAUCGCAUGAAUGAAUCAAAAGAAAUUGAAUUCCAUGUCCAGAUUCCAAAAAAUGCCUUCAUCAGUAAAUUUAAAAUGAAUAUUGACGGUCAAAUAUAUGAUUGAGUUGUGAAAACCAAGGAGCAGGCUCAGCAGCAGUACAAUCAGGCUGUGUCCCGUGGUCAGAGUGCUGGUAUUGUAAGCUCUGUGGGGAGAACCAUGGAGGAAUUUAAAACCUCUGUAACUGUGGCAGCCCACAAAAAGAUCACCUUUGAACUCACUUAUGAGGAACUGCUGAAACGCACCCAUGGAAAAUACGAGCUACUAAUCCAUGCUCAACCCAUGCAGCCUGUGAAAGACUUCAAGGUUGAUGUGUAUAUUCAUGAAAAAGCAGGCAUCAGUUACAUUGGUGUGAAAGGAGGACUUAGCACCAAAGCUUUGGCCAAUGCCAUCACCAAAACCCUUGCAGACAAACAGGCAUGGGUAUAUUUCUAUCCUACAGAAGACCAACAAAGAGCCUGCGACAGCUGUGGAGAGCAAGGUAUGAAUGGAGAUCUGGUCAUUUCAUAUGACGUCAAUCGAGACAAUGGGCUGGGUGAUAUCAAGACUUCGGAUGGAUACUUUGUCCAUCACUUUGCUCUAUCUAACCUUGCCAGAAUACCCAAGAAUGUCGUCUUUGUUACUGAUAAAAGUGGCUCAAUGAGUGGCAGAAAAAUACAACAGACCAGAACAGCUUUAAUCCACAUUCUGAAUGACCUGGCAGAGGAUGACUUCUUUGGUAUCAUCACUUUUCAUAGUAAAAUUUUUUUCUGGAAAAGAGAACUUGUUCAGGCCACGAGUCUAAAUCUGCAGGGAGCCAAGCAAUUUGCACAGGAUAUAAGUGCACAGGGAGGUACAAACAUCAAUUCAGCAUUGUUGGAAGGGGCACGUAUGUUGAAUGUAAAUCCCAGAGAAGGUUCAGCUUCCAUCCUUAUACUUCUCACAGAUGGAGAACCAACAUCAGGAGUAACAAAUAUUGAGAAAAUACAAACAAAUGUGAGACAGGCGAUUGCAGGAGCAUUUCCACUCUACUGCCUUGGUUUUGGUUUUGAUGUCAACUUUGAGUUCUUGGAGAAGAUGUCAUUGAAAAACAGUGGUGUAGCAAGACGGAUUUAUGAAGACUCUGAUGCUGAUUUACAGCUCAAGGGUUUCUAUGAAGAGGUGGCCACUCCUCUCCUCAAAGAUGUGAUAAUGGUAUAUGCCGGUGCAACCAAUCUGACGCAGACAAAUUUCAGUCAGUAUUAUAACGGCUCUGAGCUUGUGGUGGCUGGUGAGCUCAUUGACAACAACAUUGAAACAUUUGUGCCACAAGUUGUGGCCAUCUCAAGCAAUAGAAAAGUAAUAUUCUCUCAAAAAAAUGACUCCGUGGAUACUUCAACUGGAACAGUAAAUGGUGGACUUCUUCAGAGGGUCUGGGCCUACCUCACUGUUAAACAACUUUUGGAGAAAGAGCUGCUGCUAUCUGGACCCGAAAAGGUGAAAGUGAAGAGUGAAGCUUUGGAGCUGUCCCUGAAGUAUAGCUUUGUGACCCCGCUCACAUCCAUGGUGGUCACCAAGCCACAGGGGGAGAACACAGAUGUUCUUAACAAACCUAGUGCGGGAGGAAAAAAGCAGCCAGAAGGUCAUGUCACAUCAACCUACAGAUCUUCUGGGGCCUCCCAACACGAUCUGCUUAGUGCAAUCGGGUGUGACGAUUUGGAUAUGAUUGGAGAACCCGAAUGCGGAGCUUAUUUUAAAGGAUUUUAUCCGACAUUGCGACGUCGUGAAAAAAAAAUCAAGUCAGGAAGAGGAUGGCUACCAAUGGCUUUUGAUGGACCAGGAAACAUGGAUUCAAGUUUUUUUGAUCAUUAUAUGCUAAACUUAGAAAAUGCUGGACAUGUAGGUCGUCCUCAUCCUCCCUUUUCCUCUUCCAUCAACAUAGACAGUUCGACGACACACAGUGUGGACAUUUUACAAAGGACAGUGGGCAUGACAACAUCUGUUCGUGUUUCUCACAGAUUGUUGCUGAAGACUGAAAAUACGUCUCUUCCACUUUGCUUCAAUGUCAUUGGAGCUGUCAUUCUUAAACCUCUUCACCACCCCAACAAGGAGCUGUAUGUAAAUGGUCAGCUGGAUUCAAUUAAAAAUGGAGGCUUUAGUAUGAUUGCUAUUCACCUCAAUGCUGACCAGCAUGUUGAGGUUAAUACGGAGGUAAUCAACAUUCAACAGGGUCAGUCAACAACGCGCUACAUUGGACAGGAUCCCAUCACAGUUGGAAGCUUUACAGUGAUCCAGCGUGACAAAGAAAUUGAUGUUGCAGUAGAGGACGUGCGUUUAGUCAUCUAUGUUCAUGAGAAGAAUGGCAACACAUUUUUGUGGCCUGUUUUGCGGCAGAAGCCAUUUGCCAACAACACUGAAGGAAUUUUAGCUUUAAAGCCAAGAGAUUAUGAGGAGGUUCAACAACAAUCUGAUGCAAAACUGAAGAUCAAAAACAGAGAGAUUUCUGUUUCCAGUUCCACUGCAGCUGACUACAGUAUUACCAAUCCUUUGACAGUGCCAUGAUGGCUUUUGUCAGCUGAUCUUGCCCUGGAGAGAACCUUGAAUGAUUACAUUAAUUCUCUACUUUAAGUGGAAGCUGCCUUCAAAUUGGGUUAAGGAAAGAUUACAAUACAAGACAACUGAAAGUUGCAAAGCUAAACCCACCUAUGUCGAGGUGCAAUACCAAACAUCAUUUGAAUAUAUGUAGAUCAAGACAAUUUGGUAGCUGGUCAGUGUUUGCUAAAUUCUGAUUGUUUGUUAAUAAAUUAAUGCAGAGAUUGUGGUUUAUUUUUGGGGACCCUUAAUUUUGUUGGCUAGUGAUUUGUUCUUUCUUUCUGUCAUACAGCUUAAAGCUUCCGAAAAAUGUAUUUUCACCUUUUUCAUGAAAUAACAUUUUACUCAAACCCUGCCUAAUCAAGACUGAUAAAAAAGCAUGAAAAAUAUAAUAAAAAAAUACAACAGCACAGAUUUUCUGUGCAAUAGUCAUUUCUGUAAUAAAGCAUGUGCACCAAGAG